UUUGAUAUCAUAAUCUGGCUAACCAAUAUUUAAAAUAAGAAUGUCUCACUAGAAACUCACACUAUAUUUCUGAAAUCAAGACGUAGGUACUUAUUUGUAAUUUGUUUGAUUUUCAUACAUUGGUUUGAUAAAUGUUUUAUUUAAACAAGAUUAUGAAUAUGUACUUAUUUGUGUUAUCUGUAUGUUGUAUUUUAGUAUAACAGCAAGUUUCACUGGAAUAUAUGGCUGACUGGGAACCGUGUGACAGCGACUAAUGAUACAAAUAAUCCAAAGGCAUUAAAAACAAAAAUGUCGCUGCAGCGUUUGACGGCGCUCCGGGCGCUUAUGGCAAGCCAGCCUAACCCGCUCGCGGCCUACAUCAUACCCACGGCAGACGCCCACAAUUCCGAAUACAUAAGUCCCGCGGACGCCCGCCGGGAAUGGAUAUCCGGUUUCACUGGGUCAGCGGGCACGGCCGUGGUGACCGGAGCCCGAGCGCUGCUCUGGACCGACGGCAGGUACUACACGCAGUUCGCGAACGAGACAGACCCGGCCGUGUGGACGCUGAUGAAGGAGUCGUUACCCGAAACCCUGACAAUGGAGAAAUGGUUGACAGCUAACCUGGUGUCGGGAGAUUUGGUGGGCGUGGAUCCUCACACCAUCAGCAGGGAGGAAUGGAAUAAUUUGCAGACGAACCUCAUCAGGUCGAAGAUGGCGCUGAUCGCCGUGGAGAAGAAUCUGGUGGACGAGGUCAGGAUUCAGAUGAACGACCCACCUCCAGCGAGAUCAAGAAAUGAGAUAAUACCCCUCCCUAUCAAAUACACUGGCAAAGCCGCCGGUGAGAAGAUACAAGAGUUGAGAGCUAAGAUGGCUGAGAAAAAAGCCGCCGCUUUGGUUGUGACAGCUUUAGACGAAGUUUGUUACGUCCUGAACCUCCGUGGUAGCGACAUUGAAUACAAUCCGGUGUUCUUCGCGUACUUGCUCGUAACUCCCACGUCGGUAGUGCUGUCCUGCUCGCACACACUCUCCGACUCUGUCUUGGACCAGUUGAAAUCGGAACGUGUGGAUAUCACGCUGGCCCCAUACGAAUCGAUAACGGAGACUCUGACGCAACAUGCCAAAAAAGUAGCUGAAAGUGAACGUCGUCCUAUUUGGCUUUCCAGCGAAGCAAGCGAGGCUAUACACAGCGCUGCGUCUGGUAUGACCGUUUUGAAAAGACCACUCGAUUUGAUUUCUGAAGUUGCCCCUGUAGCGCUGAUGAAGCUGAUCAAGAACGAGGUGGAACUUCAGGGUUUCCGCGCUUGCCAUAUCCGAGAUGGAAUAGCAGUCAUAAGGUUCUUCCGCUGGCUGGAACAGAACGUUAAAGAAUCUUCUGUCAGCGAAGUGCAGGCGGCCGACAAACUGCUGGAGUUCAGGAAGGAAGAGGCGGAUUUCAUGGGGCCCUCGUUCGAGACGAUCUCGGGCACGGGCCCCAACGGGGCGGUCAUACACUACACGGCGUCCAGGACGGGGCCGCAGCACGUCAUCAGCCCGAAACACAUGUACCUGUUGGACUCUGGGGGCCAGUAUAGAGAUGGAACAACGGAUAUAACCCGAACUCGCCACAUGAGCAAGGCGAGCCCGGAACAGCGGGACGCGUUCACACGCGUUCUUCAAGGGCAGAUGAUGAUAGGCAGCGCCUUGUUCCCCAGGGGGAUCAAGGGUAACGUCCUAGACAGCUUCGCUCGGAAGGCCCUCUGGGACGUUGGGCUGGACUACGCGCACGGCACCGGCCACGGGGUCGGCCACUUCCUCAACGUGCACGAGGGGCCCUCGGGCGUCUCCUGGAGGCCGUACCCGCGAGACCCGGGGCUCCGCCCGGCGCAGAUACUCAGCAACGAACCCGGUUACUACAAAGUUGGUGAAUACGGAAUUCGCCACGAGGACCUGGUGGAGAUCAUCGCGGUCACCAAGGAUUCUGACCAUCCGAAGGCUAAAGGCCUACUCGGCGAUUUCGAAGGUUGCGGAGUCCUAGGGUUCCGCACACUGACCAUGGUGCCCCAUCAGAGAGACUGCAUCAAUGUGGAGCUGCUGAAUGAUUUUGAGUUGAACUACAUCAACAACUACCACAAAACGGUGUUGGAGACAGUCGGGCCGAUUUUGAAAGAACGCGGACUAAUGAGCGACCUGCAAUGGCUGGAAAAUGAAUGUCUACCAUUGGUCAGAGCUUAGUUCCAAAUAAUCGACGAAUAUAAGCAAGUUCCAAUAAACAAUGUGCAUUUUAAUCAAAAAUAAUUAAAAAUAUAUUUUCUGAGAAUAAAAA